CCUUGGUAAAAGACGUUCACGAAAAGCUAAAUAAAGAAGUGCUGGAUUCAAAAAGUAUACGAGAGUCUUUAAAAGAAAUUCAGUGUGAUGUCGAGAAAUUUUUAAAUUUGCAACAAACGGCUCGUUAUUACGAAUUGGCCGAUGAAAUCGAUGAAUUAGGUGUUGGAAUAUGGAAUUCAUCAAUCACUUUAAAGGCAAGCCGUUCUUCUAAUGGAACUGUGACCGACGAUGAACUUGUAGCUUUAUUUCGUCAGGUUGGAUUUUUCAUGGUCAAAGCUGGAGUCGAAACGAGCGCGGAUAUUGAUGCAAAAAACGCGGCAAAACUGCUUACAUUGGCUAACAAAGUUGGUAAAGCUUGGCUGGAUUGCGGAAGGAGCGAUAAAGCAGACGAAUUACUGCGUUCCGUCUCUUUGUUUGAAGAUGCAGUGCUUUCAUGGGAGAAUUCAGCAAAAGCAAAAAAUCCAAAGUCAACCGCUUUGGUCGUGUAUUACGCGUAUCGCGCCGAAGCAGCAUGGAAAAUGGAAAAUAGUCACGUUGCGAACCUAAUGAUUCAACAUGCUACUGAAAAAAAGUACUUGGAUAAUGUUACGACAAAGGAGGUCGAUAUUUUGUGCCGAGUGUGCUUUACAAUUGGUAGUCAAGCAUCUCGCGAAGGAAAAGCGAGCGAAGCAAUAAAAUGGUUAAAGAAAUGCCAUGAACUGAUAUCUGACUACGUCCCGCAGACAAAUUCUGAGAGAACAAAAUUAUUGACAAACACAUUAAACGCAUUAGCCACGUGUUAUUUGAAGAAUUCUGUGCAUGACGAAUCUAAUAUGGAUCUUGCCGAGAACGCGGUUAAUUUAUGUUUAGAGGAAAAUCCAAACGAUGUUUUGGCAAGCUCAUUAAAACUUAAGAUCAUGAAAAAACGGAAUAACAAUCCAAUUCCAUUGGAAGAAGUUUAUAUAAAAUUGAUGAGAACGACUCAGGUGACAAAGGAAAAUCUAAAAAUCCUUCUAAACGCCGCACAUGUUGUUAGUGAAGUAAACGUGAUGAUGGCCCUUCGAGGCAUGGACAUUUUCAUAGAAGAAAAACUUUCAGAAACAAGAAAUAUUAAUUACAUCGAAAGGACUAUUGUCACAAAGUUUCAUAUUUUGGGAGGAAUCGAUUUAGGAGAUUUUGAACUCAAUGAUGCCAUCAAAAGCAUUGAAGUGACGCUUGGAUUCGAACAACGACACGGGAUUGUGAUUGGCCACAAAACAAAAUUAGCUUGCCAAACGAUACUUUGGCAAAAUGGUGACAAGAAUUACUCGAAUCAGAAAUACGACCUCGCAAGGAAAUGGUAUCUAGCUGCGUAUAAGUGGAUGACGGCUGGCCAAGUAGACGAUCGCAAUGCCGCAAUUUUACAAAGAAAGAUUGCACUAUGUUAUCUCGAAGCACACUUGCUCGCAGAUGCAAUUGAAGCUGUUCAGCAUGCUAAAAAACACGAACGAAAUUCUGCCGCAAACUUUUAUAUAUUAUACCACAUCGAAAUUGAAAGAAGGCAGAUCGAAGAGGCAAUUCGAUAUCUGCACGAUAUGUGCAAAGGUGAUGGAUUUCACGGAAAUAUGCUCGCGAUGGCAGCCAACGAAGCCUAUCAAAAAGGUCAUAAAACGAUUCUGGUUGAAGCGUUGAAAGAAAUCUUAUCCAAGCAUAGAAGCGGCGAAGACGUGGCUCAUAUUGAUGUGUUCGUUUUAUUGAGGUGCUUGAUAAGGAUGACUCACGGGUCACUUUUCGGAAGUGAACCUGAAAAAACUUCACUCAAGGAUUGUAUUUGUAGUUAUUUUGAAAUUGCCUUUGACCUUCUUGAAUCGAACUAUGGCGACAAAAUUGCUCAACAUGGUGAAGAGGAUGAAAAUCUGUCAAGAAAAUCCAAAGUACCAUUGAAGGAACUCGAAUGGUUUUUCAAGACUGCGUGGAAUAUGGGCUUAGAAUUUUGUCAACAGGCAGAGGGAGGUAGCGACUUGUUUUCUAUUCGAUUAUUCGACGUCGUAUAUAAGUUUCUUUGCGAAUACCCGGAAGAAACUAUUGAAUACACGAAUCAAAAGAAAAUCUGCGUGUUUGCCUCCUUGUGUGGUAAAUUAUUUCUUGCACGACGACAAAAAUCAAUAUCUCGAAAGGCAAACCUGUUGCAAGCAGCUCUGACUAGUAUUGACCAAUAUAAAAAAUUAAAAAAAGUAUUGGGAAAGCGGAAAAGAGAUGACGCUGAAGAAAAUAAUUCAUCGACACAAAAUGAUGCAAUACUUGUUAUCUUAUUCGAAUUUGAGGCAAAAGUUAGAUUGGGACUUUGGGAUGAAUUAUUAAAAGUUCUUGAUGCGGCUGAAGCACAUGACUUUGAAAUACCAUCGAAGAUAUACGAACGCAUGACGGAAUUGCUGAUAAACGAAGAGGGUUGUCCAAGCACAGUUGUAUUUUCAACAUUGCAGGUCUUGUUAAACUCCAUUAUGAAACAAAAAUAUGUUGAUAUCGAGCAAUUUUCAAGAUGGUUUCGAAUGUUAAUAAUAACCGCGAUGGUUAAAGAUAAGUCAGCAGCAAUGCAAUAUUUUGAUCAAGCAUUGGAUAUUCUAAGCCAGGGAUGCUCAAAGGGAAAGUAUCCCGAGGAAGAAAUUCAAUGGCUAAUGGUAAAUGCGUGGAAUUGCGGGAUUGAUUAUUACUCAUCCAGCGACUAUACAAAGGCAAAGAAAUGGUGUGAAUGUGCAAUUUCUUUUUGUAAGUUUCUUAACAAUGGAUUGUUAUACGAGGAGGAGAUGAGGAAAUCAUACGAUGAAAUUAUCAAAAAUUGUGAUAUUGAUUUAAUUGACGAGGCUUGA